GAACCGGACAUCCAUCCUCCGCCAUAGUCAACAUCAUGUGCCUGAAAGACCUAUUCAGAUCCGGAGAUCUCCUAUUAGCAUCAUUACCUAUAUGCGAAGUCUCGAUAGAUAGGAAUAGCAUUCCGUCAGAAGUUAUAUCAUCCGAUUACCCCCACAUCCAGAUGAAGCAUUUCAGCAGGCUCGCUAGAUCUCCUUCCGAGAUCAAAGGCUUCUACGUUUACAGUGUCGUCUAUCAGUCAUAUAUAUAGGCCAUGUCGUAUCUUCAUACCAUCGGAUAUUUCAUUCGAGGAGUGAAGGAAAUCUCGAGUGAAGCAGGGAAAGAUGUUAUCAAAGAAGUUUUCUUACCUUCUUAGUCUAACUGCCUUGGCCUCGGGGACGAUUCUCCAGAAUGGCCAAGUUAGGAUCACAAAUUACCCCGACACCAGGGUAGAUAUAUCCUCAUAUGAAUUCCAGACAUACGACGCCAAUGCCACAGAGCUGUCCUAUAAAGGGAGAUGGGACUCGAAGAAGGUGUCCUGGUGGUCAGCUCCCGGCCUCGUCUUCGGCUUCACGGGGGACACGGUAGCCAUCACUUUCAGAGAGUUAACUACCGACGCGACACUCAUUGGCUACCGAAUCGGCGGGCUAGACUGGUCUUUCACGAACGUGACCGCUGGCGCCACCCAUCUACUCGUCUCUCCUAAAACUCCCGGUGUGAAUGAGACAUUUCCGGUGAAUCCGCUUCGCUUCGAACUGCGUGUUACGAACUGGGCCUAUGGCGUGCAGAUCGACAAGGUCCAUGUCGCUUCGGGGGAGCUUCUCAUUAAGAUUCCCCCUUACAAACGGUCAAUCGAAUUCAUUGGGGACAGUCUCACUUCAGGCAUGUAUACGAGUUACGAGGGUCUCUCGAGCUUUGCGUACGGCGUCGGCGCUGGUCUAGGUGACACGGAAUGGUAUGUCACCGCGUAUCCGGGCAUUUGCGUCUCGGACCAGGACUGCUGGGGUAAUCCGCGAGGGCAAAGCCACCAGUGGUUUUACGCGUCUGACACGAGUUGGAGGGCAAGCCAACUUUGGGGAGAUGAGCCUGAGUCAUGGGAUUUCGAUAAGCAGGAGACAACUCCCGACAUUGUCAUCAUCAACUUAGGAACGAACGACAACAACACGGAAAACCACGUCAGUACAGAAACGUACGUUGACGCAUACAAGAAGUUGAUCCAAGGUGUCCACGGGAAGUAUCCCGAAGCUCAAGUCCUUGUAAUGCAACUAUGGAUGGGGUUUCAUCCUUACGGUAACAGCUACCAACAAGAUCUGGGUUAUGAGCUAGAAUUAAAGGAUAUUGUGGCCUACUUCAACUCGGACCAGUACCUGUCGAAACCGGCUAUCUGGGAUGGGACGACGAACACGACGACAACGCUCGACACACCUAGUAAAUCUUUCGUACACUACUUCAGCACCAAAGGCAUAUUGCAGCAUAACGAUAUUGGGCCUCUGUGGCAUCCGACAGAUGUCGGUGCCAUCAAGGUUGCGAGUCACCUUAGCCAAUUUAUCAAGCUGACUUUCGGUUGGGAUUUAAUUGCUACGGGUCCUGAAAUUUUCCACGAUACAUUGUAUUGGAACGAUGAACAGAGUUACUAGGUAUAGCUGUAUAAUGUCUACUAAAUUCGGUCUGUUGUGGUGAAAGGAGAUAAUUGGGUUGAGCAUAUUGACUAUCUACAUAACACCUACCUACCUACCUACUUAGAUAUGAUAACACAGAGCUAGCUUCUAUUAUAUAUAGGUGCUUAGAUCUAUGCUAUCUUCUUACAUCCGAUGAAGCUUCAGCUAUCGCGUACUUUGGAGCAUCCGGCAAAGUCAUUUAGGUCACAUAAUCGAU